AUGGCGGUGUUAGCGGCGGCACAAUUAUUAGAUGAGUUAAUGGGACGGCAUCGGAAUACAAAUCCUAACGAGAAAAUUAAAAAACCGAACUGGGAGGACCCUGAAUACUGUAAAUAUUUCAUGGUAAAAUUUUGUCCUCAUGAUCUGUUUGUGAACACUCGAGCGGAUCUUGGUGUCUGUCCAAAAGUGCAUGAUGAUGAAGUCAAGGAACUUUUUGAAAAAGCAGAGUCUUCAUAUAAGAAGGCACAAUAUGUUGAGGAAUUUUUGCGCUUCUGUAGGCACAUGAUUAGUGAAGUUGAAAGAAAAAUUCAAAAAGGUAAACAAAGAUUGGAGCUCAUGAACUCAAAACCGGAAGGGCCACCAAUGACACAGGCUCAAACUGAAAAAAAUCAAGAGCAGGUGAAACUUUUAUCAGAGAAGAUCACAGCAUUGGUUCAAGAAGCAGAAGAAGCAGGUACUCGUGGAGAUGUAGAACAGGCACAAGGAUUAAUGAAACUAUGUGACCGUUUAAAAGAGGAAAAGGAGCAACUUAUCAAACAACAAGAAAACAGUCAUUGGUCCAUGACCGCAGAGCUAGCUGCAGCGCAAGAGAAACAGAUGGAAGUGUGUCCUGUGUGCGGUGCUUUCUUGAUUGUUGGCGACGCGCAGCAACGUAUUGAUGACCAUCUUUCUGGAAAACAACAUGUUGGGUAUUUCAAGCUCCGUCAAGCAUAUGAGGAGAUGACCGAAGCUCGAGAAAAAGAACAACAGGAGAAAGAGAAAAAGCGGCGUGAAGAAAGAGAAAGAGAGCGUAGUGUUCGCGGUGGAGGUCUGGGUUCAGAUAGACGUGACAGGGAGAGAAUGGAAAGAGACAGAGAAAGGGAUCGGGAUCGCUCGGACAGGGACAGGGGGGAAAGGGACAGGGAACGUGGGGAUCGUGACAAAGAUAGAGAAAGAGAUAAGGAACGUCAUAGGUCAAGUCGCGAAGAGAAGAGCAGCAGGCAUGAAGAACGAGACCGGGACAGAGAACGAGAGAAGGAGCGCGAGCGCGAUAGGGACAAAGAUCGCGAUCGUGAUCGUGAACGUGAACGCGAACGCAAGCAUCGCAAAGAGAGACGUUCUUCACACGAGCGUUCGCGUCGUCGCUCCCGCGAUCGUGAACGCGACCGCCAUUGA